AUGCUGGUAUCUCCCGAGCCAAGGCUCUCUACCACGGUUCUGAUUGUGGGUGCAGGCUCAACUGGACUCGCUUUGGCGCAGGGCUUGAAGAAGGCUGGGAUUCCUUCCAUCGUAGUGGAAAAACAUGACUCUCUUGAUGCUCAAUCCCGUGACUGGAACAUGGGCUUGCACUGGGGUGCAGGUCCAUUAAAAUCCCUCCUGUCAGAAGAGCAAUGGGCACGCAUCCAGUCAGUGCAAGUUGAUCCCAAUGAGCCUACAGCAGAACACGAUGCCCUCAAAUUUGUCCACGGCCAGUCGGGUAAGACCAUGGCGUCCAUACCUGUGCGCCUUUUCUAUCGAUUGCGCCGUCGGAAGUUACGAGCACUCAUGGAGAAAGGCUUGGACGUUCGCUACGACAAGAAGCUCGAUGCAAUCGAAUAUUCUUCCGAUGGUCAACAUGCGACUGCGAUCUUUGAAGACGGUUCAUCGCUCUCGGCUAAACUUGUAGUGGGCGCUGACGGAGCCCAAUCGAAGACACGGCAGGUCUUACUUGGGCCUAGCAUGGGACAAGUCCGCCGGCUUCCUUACUGCGCAACGUUUGUCCAGGCACAGUACUCCGCCGAACGUGCGCGAUUUCUACGUCAAUUUCACCCUCUUUACCUUGCUGGGAUCAACCCAGAGGGGUACUUUUCCUUUUUCGGUGUACACGAUGCAUCAGAGCGCGACAGACCUGAGACCUGGACCUUUUUCUUCUACAUAUCAUGGCAUUCGACUCUACAGGAGCAGAGAGAGACAGCCAGUUGGACCAACUCUCAGAGGCUAAAGCAAGUCAAAGAGUUUGCCAAGUCCUUUACCGACCCCUGGAAGAGCGCUUUCGAAUGGCUGCCGGAUAACCACCAAGUCUGGUAUAUGGGCUUGAGCGACUUUGACCCGCAGGCCAAGGACCACAGGUGGGAUAAUCAGGGGGGUCGGGUUACAUUGGCUGGCGACGCAGCACAUGCAAUGACAUACCAACGUGGACAGGGCUUGAACCAUUCGAUUACGGACGCAGCCAACCUGGUAGAAGCGGUGCGACGCGUCGUGUCCGGAACGGCCCAAGCUAGCGCUAUAGCAGAUUAUGAAGAAGAAAUGAUCGCACGGGCGGGCGGCGAGGUCAAUCUUUCUACCGUCAACACAGCCAUGCUGCAUGACUGGCAGAAGGUGCUGCAGUCACCGGUGCUGACGUCCGGAAUGACACGGUCUGAUCAGGGCCGAAAUUAG